AAUAACAAGAAAGUUGUUACAGAUACCAUUAUUCAUCACACAAUCAACAAUCUUUUUAGAACACUUAAACUAAAUAAAGUCAGUAAACAGGCAAGUCUUAACGAGUAUAAUACUUUACACCAAUAUUUUACAACAUUGACGUUGCAAUAUUAUGAAAAUCUAAACGAAAUUAUAAAACUUACAAGAGUAAGAAAUAAAAGUGAAGAAGAUAGUUUAAUUGCAAUCAUAAAUAAUGUGCUUGAAGAAGAUAACUCGAAGACUCUUCAAAACGAAAUAGAAAUUAAUAAAGAUUCAAACGUGGCAAACUUUAUAGAAUUAUUUCUAAGCAACCUUCAACAAUUGAAAAAAGAAUUGAACGUUGAUAAAGAAUAUGUUAACAUAAAUGCAGAUGUUUUAGAACUUUUGAAAGAUUCAAAAGUAAAAUUGAUGAAUGUAUCAAAUAUUGAUUCCAGAUUGCAUAAGUCUAAAGAGAAUGACAUUAUUUCUAGUGAUAAUGAGUUCUGGGAACCAAGUGGACGUAGAAUAUUUAAAGGUGAAAGGACGAAGAUAAAAUACUUCCCUUUCAUGGCAACGAUUCAGAUAUUCAAUAACUUUCAGUGUGCAGGAUCUAUCAUUAAAUCUGAUCUUAUUAUAACAGCUGCUUCGUGUUUACAACUAGCAUGGAACAACCGCUUCUUCCGAGAAAAUCCUGCUUUUCUCUCAGUUCGUGUUGGCAGCAGUUUUUACAAUGGAGGCGGAGAAGUUAUUCCCAUUCUCGAAAUUUACUUUUAUCCUGGAUACAACCCAAAGACCUUAAAAGACAAUUUAUGCCUACUGCGUCUUACCAGGCAUUUGAAAUUUAGACGACGACAAAAAAAUAUCAAGAAAAUCGACUUUGACAGAAAUGAGUUCAAACUUCCUUUGAAUACUCCAGGAAUUACAGUUGUUGGUUGGGGCGCGAAAGAGCACAGCUCAAUCAUUGGCAAUCCCUGGAAGAAUAAAUUGUCCGAAGCUGUUCUUGAUUUUUAUCCACUGAGAGAAUGCCAAGAGGUUUAUUCAAGACAAUACGUCACUAAGAAUAAUUUCUGUGCUGGCUUCUUUUCAAGGGGUGGAGGAGCAUGCAAUCGGGAUGUUGGAGGUCCAGGUAUAUUAUAUGGAAAAUUACUUGGUGUCAUAAGUUUUGGUUCCCCAGUUUGUGGCAUGCCUGAUGCUCCAACCGUCUUCACAAAAUUAGGCUACUAUAGUGAUUGGAUUGAGGAUAUAAUGGAACAGUAUGUCCCAGUGUCAAAAAAGCGAACAACUCUGAAGCCCACACAUGACCCUCACAUAGGCCCUAUUAGAUAUAUACCACCAAAACCGACCACCUUCAAAAUACCACCGAUAACUGGAAAAAUAAUGACUCCUAUACCAAUUUCUCAAAUCGAUAGUCAACUUAGAAUAAUUGAUGAAAAUGUUUUUAAAGAUUUCCUCGCUACGAUGUUUAAUAGUAAAGAAAUAAAAGAAUAUAAGGAUAUUUUAAAAGACGAUGAAAAUGUUUUAAAAGAUUAUGUUGCUUAUGAUAAAGAUAUUGUUGAAACAGUUGCGGAUACAAUAUAUUCUGUCACCGAAUCUCAGAACAUAGUGGAACCUCAUACAUUAGUUUUAGAUGGUUCAGUUGAUAGCGAAAGUGUUAAAAACAAUAUUGACACUGCAUAUACAGUUAUGGGUCUAGAAAAAAAUCCCUAUAAAGACGAUUUUAGUGAGGAGGUGUCGAAAAUAAUCGAUAAUGUAGACUUAGAAAAAAUUGUAAAAGAAGAAGUUAUGGUUCCAUUAAAGAAAGAAAAAAGUCCAAAAAGUAAAUCUGAUUAUGAAAUCAAAGGAGCGAAAAACGUUGUAGUAUCAGAUGAUGAAAAAAAUAUUAAUUGUAGGGUGGUGUAG